GCGAUCACUGAUUUUCAGAAACGUCAUAUGUGUCAGCUGAGAUACAUCGCUGCGAAAGAGAAAACCUUGGACAGCUAUGACCCAUCGUUGGGACUGAUUCCAAAUACUCUGAAUUAAUUUCUACUCCUGCCUACGACAACCUGCAGAAUGGCUUAUAAGAUGUCUUAUGCCUUUGAUGGCAACCAUAGGAGCAGACCUGAACAGAAUCUGUCUGGUUCCAGCAGGAAGAACACCAGGGAUAUCCUGCUGCAGAGGGCACAUGAUGAAAGGCAAAAACGUCAGGCGGAGCGUUUACGAUUAAAAAGUACAGGUGUUAUCCAAUCGUACGCACGCAGUUAUCUUGCAAGGAAGAAGGCGAAGCAGGAACAGCGCGAACUCUUCGACAAGAGCGAAUGCUCGGAACAGCAGCUCAUUUCCAAGCUGUUAUUUUUCUACGAUCCUGAAACAGAUGUAUUCCGAUUGAUUUCGACAUGCGAGCAACUCAUCGCCCGACAGGAAAACGUCAUGCAGACGAUGUCUCAGAACGGUUCAUACAGUUGGCUGAUAAAAAGACUUCUCGCCAAUUGUCUGAAGCUGAUUUCGAAACCCAAAUCUACGCCCGUCGUUUCGAACUUUCUCGAUAUUUUCUCGCAGAAUUGCAACGUGCUUUCAUACCUAAUCGGCAAAGGAUAUUACAAGGAAUUUAGGACGCAUCUGCACGAGAACGAAGAUGUCGAUUACUCAAAACGCAUGAUCAACAGACCGUUCGAGUACAUCUCUGCAUCAAAUUGUAAGAUGCUCGACGAAUACCUCAAGUACUUCAUGAUGCCGCACAUCACAUACAAGAUUAAGAACUACCUGAUUCCGUACCUUGACAAGCACAACAAGUUCCCCUAUAGUGCGUUCAUAAGCUUCAUGAAGAACAAGAGAUUUGAUACUUGCAACAACAUCUUAUAUUCUUUACUUGCCCUUGAACCUAAAUCUUACGUUCAUAAUAGCGACAGCAUAUUGAUUUUAUCGCGACUAAGCUGCGACCUUCACACCAUGUCGAACUCUUUGGAGGCUAGAGACGCUGAUUCGGACAGCGACACGGAUAUGAUGGAGAUUAAUGAUGAAGACGUUACACUACAAGAUUUUCUAUUGUUAUUCAAUAAAACGGAACGCGUGAAGAACAUUCUCAGCUACUUCUCCGACAACUGCGAUGAUAUGCAGGUAGUUGAGUCAUUGACGAAGCUCUGUCAUUCGAUGCUGCUCGUCUUCAGGGAGCCAAUAAGGAAGUUUAUGUUGCUUUACAUGCUGACGCUGAGAGGGACCUUCCUAAAUAAGCUCUGGGGGUGGAUCAAGAAGCGCGAAGACCUAAUCACCAACUCGCCGAAUGCCUGGAAAGAUGCGCAGAUUCCCAUCUCCGUUUUCUGCAAUAUGUUCACAUUCUACACGGAAACUAUUACGGAUUCAGAAACAACCGAUGCUAGCGAAACAUUUACCUUGGCCGAACUGAAGUCAAUGUGUGAACUUUUGAAGAGCGUUACUCUGAAUAUGAUCGAGAUGGCGUUCCCACUCUGCCGAACCUCACCUAAGGUCAAGGUGUCUCCGGAUACUCUACACUUGUACAACAGCACGUUGAAGACGGUAAAGAUGCUACACACAUUAGACGUGCGCAAAAAUUUCUGUGAUCCGGAUUUCUGGACCAGCCGCAGGAUCGCGAUCUCUCCCGACCUUACCAAGCGGGAUUACCUCUCCAAGACUUUAGCCCCUUUUAGCGGCAUCAUUCUCGACGAGGACUAUGAGGUGUAUCCGCCUCUUUCAACGAUCGAGCAGCGGUCGUUGGCGAUGCUGCAAAAGCUUCCGUUCAUGAUUGAGUUCAGCCAGAGGGUGAUGAUUUUACGGCAGAUGUGCUUUUACAGCUUGGGAAAUACGGAAACCCGUUUUAGGAGCGACUUUUACCUGGACAAUGCCCUCACCGUACGUCGGAACUACCUUUACGAGGACGCUUUCGAUAAAUUUUCUUCCAAAGACGAUGAAGAUAUGAAGCACAGAGUGCGCAUUCAAUUUAUAAAUAACGUGGGAUUGGAGGAAGCCGGUAUCGACGGUGGUGGCAUCUUCAAGGAGUUCAUCAACGAAGUCAUCAAAACCGCGUUCGACCCUAAUAGAGGUUUCUUCCUUCUCACCGCUGAUAACACUCUCUAUCCAAAUCCUCAGGUUCAUCUACUCGUGCCGAACUUUGCCGAUCACUACUACUUCAUCGGUAGAUUAGUCGGAAAAGCAAUUUUGGAGAAUAUUCUAGUAGAUUUGCCAUUGGCCGAGUUCUUCCUUGCCAAAAUCUUAGUGGACAGGGCGAGCGCUCACUAUUUAAAAUCCUUAGAUCCGGUGCUCUACAGAAACCUGCUAUAUUUACGCGAUUACCAAGGGGACGUGCAGGAUUUGGGUCUAGACUUUACCUUGGUUAAUAAUGAUUUGGGAGAGACGCGGGUGAUCGAAUUAAAGCCGAACGGCGCCAACAUUCCAGUGACAAACUACAACCGCUUGGAGUACAUCCAUCGGCUUGCUGAUCUUAAACUCAAUACGCAAAUUAAGAAGCAAUGCGCGGCUUUCAGACACGGUAUACACAGCGUCGUACCGCUUCAAUGGCUGCGGCUGUUCAAUCACAACGAGUUGCAAAUUAUCAUCGCCGGAGAUUUCCAGGAAAUGGAUAUUGAGGAUUUGAGAUUGCACACAGCCUAUGGCGGCGAAUUCACCGAUGAACAUCCGAUCAUCGUGUCCUUCUGGAAGAUUCUGCGCAGCUUCACGGACACUCAGAAAAAGAUGCUCCUAAAGUUCGUCACGAGCUGCUCGAGGCCACCACUUCUUGGUUUCAAGGAGCUGAAUCCAUCGUUCUGCAUUCAAUCAUCGGGGAGUGAUGACAGAAUGCCGACGGCCAGUACAUGCCUGAACUUGCUCAAAUUACCGUUGAUCAAAGAUGAGGAGACGCUACGGAAGAAGCUGGUGGCAGCUAUCGAGCAGCAGGCUGGCUUCGAGCUGUCCUAAGUGAAUAAUGAGAUACAGCAACAACUGGGUAUUACCAAUCUAAGUUAAAUGUUGUACAUGUGUAAGAAUUAAUUUAUUUCUUAUUUUACGUUUCAU